AUGCUGCUCGACGAAGACCCUGCCACGCUUAUCCAACACACUGUUGGAAACUUCAAUAUCAACCCCGAUAAACUCGCAGUAACCCGCAUCAAUGAAUCACUGGCCACGUUGCAGCAAUCGCGUGACCUGCGCAUUCGCGAAGCAGAGACUGCCCUGCGGAAACUUUCUCGAAACCUGAAAUCUAUAGAAGCAAACUAUGACGAGACGGUAGCCUCACACGAUCCGGCCCGCCACGCUCAGGAGAUUCUCGAGCUCGAUGCGCAAAAAUUCCGUCUUGCGAAAGCCGCGUCAGAUCUGGAGAUUGAGUCUGAGCGGCUCGAGGGAGAUUUGGAGAUGCUAAAGGAACGCCUGGCAGAGCUCGAGACGCAAGGAUUGGAAGGCGAUGAGACUGUGCGCCGCGAGAGAGAGGCUGAUGAUGCAACAAUAUUACGUCUCAAGGUUUAUCGCUCUCUCGGAAUUGACGUUGAAGCCGACGAGGCUGGAAACUACAACAAAGCUGUCAUCCGCAACAGUCGCAAAGGCGACGUUCAUGUUGUCAACAUUGACCCGAAAUUCUCUCGAUUUUUCUAUGCAAACUACUUUUGGCAAACCAUGCAAGGCUAG